CUUGCUCCUCGUGUUUUCUCUCUCACUCUUUCCGAAAAGGCAAAAACCAAACGCUUAAAUAAAGCAAAUCCGCAUUCUGCCUUCCUACUCGCCACUUCUUUUGCAUGUUCUCUCACUCAUUCACGUUUUCUCCCCUGCCUCUAACCUCUUCUCUUUAUAUACAUUGCCCCACCGCACCACCACUUUCACUCAUCCAUCUAUGGCGGUCCAAGCCACGCAUCUCAAUCUCUUCCAAUCCCAGCAACCAUUCAUCCCCAACAGAGAGUUUUUGCAGGGGAAUCAGUUCGGAUUCGAUAAUGGCGAGAUGAGACCGGCGGCUAUGCCCCUCAACCUCCCCGCCGCCGCCGCCGCAUUGCCCGGGCGUGCGUAUCCUCUCCACCCGUCUCUGCUUUCGGACUCUGUUCAGGCGAAAACCUCGAUGAACACCGAUAGCUGUUUGACUUAUAAUCUCCAGCAACAGGUUCCCAGGAAGCGAUCCAGAGAUUCACUCCAUCCUUCUCCGGCCGCCGUCCCUCAGAAGCCCAACCUCCAUCAAAUCUCAUCUUUCUUCGGCGAAGACGACGUUCUCCCCAUCGUUCAACAGUAUCAGUUGGAUAUAGACAGCAUCGUUUCUCACCAUACGAAAAAGAUAAAAAUGGAAUUCGAGGAGCGACAGAAGCAACAUGGGAGGGUGUUGGUCGCAUCGAUCGGAGAAAGGGUGAUGAAGAAACUGAAGGAGAAAGACGAUCAUAUUCAGAGGAUGAUGAAAUUGAACAUGGCGCUUCAGGAGAAGCUCAAAAAUCUCUACGUCGAGAACCAACUAUGGCGGGAUCUGGCUCAGUCCAACGAAGCCACCGCCAAUUCUCUCCGUUCCGACCUGGAACAGGUUUUGAAUCACAUCGGCGGCGAGCGCAUCUCCGGCGGAGGUGCGGCGGAGGAAGAAGACGCCGGGUCUUGUUGCGGAAGCUAUAAUCCACGGCACGAGGAACCGGAAGUGGGCACUGGGCAGCCGGAGACCGAACGCGCCGGCGACAGGAUGUGCCGGAAGUGCGGCGAAAGGGAAUCCACUGUGUUGCUGUUGCCAUGUCGCCAUCUAUGUCUCUGCUCCGUUUGUGGGUCCACCACAAUGCCCAGAAACUGCCCUAUCUGCAACUCCUCCAUGAAUGCUACUGUUCAUGUUAACUUGGCUUCUUGAUAUUUUCUUCACCGUUCGUUGUAGAAAUCAAUAGAAGUAGUAGUUUUUUUUUACCCUUUUUUGGUGUAGAAAGAAAAAUACCAAAAAGAAGAAAAAUACCAGACGACGAAUCAGUAUAAAUCUUUUUUUUAACCAGAAAGUAGGAAAGGCAAUUGUUCAUUCUUUAUAUGUACUCCCUACCUAAUUUGUUAAUCUAUAUUUAUCUUUAUCCUAA